AUGGUACUGGCCAAGUCGAAGCAGAGUGUCGGGUUGGGCAAUGCCUUGAUGAACGAUCGCUUCGGCAAGGGCAAGGCUACUGAUAAAAGGAAGGGUGCUGUUUCGCGAACGCACCACGCUACCGGCGAACAGUAUCUUGUCAACGAGAAGCAGGAUGCUGCCUGGGUUAAGAUGCGCUCCGUCACGGAGCAGAGCGCCAUGGACGAGUUCCUCUCGACCGCCGAGCUGGCGGGCACCGAUUUUACCGCUGAAAAGGUCAACAAUGUCAAGAUUAUACAUACCGAUCAGAAGAACCCGUACCUUCUGUCCGCAACCGAGGAGCGCGCAGUGCUAGGCAAGCACAAGAAACACAGAGAUAGACUGACGGUCCCUCGCCGACCAAAGUGGGACGCCUCGACAACACCGCAGCAGCUUGAUCUCCAAGAGCGCAACUCGUUUCUGGACUGGAGACGAGGCCUGGCCGAACUACAACAAAAUAACGAUCUUUUGAUGACACCCUUUGAGAGAAACUUGGAGGUCUGGAGACAACUAUGGCGUGUCAUUGAACGCUCCGAUCUUAUUGUACAGAUUGUCGACGCCCGUAAUCCCCUCCUCUUUCGCUCCGAAGAUUUGGAACACUACGUCAAAGAUGUCGAUCCCAAUAAGGAGAACCUGCUCCUCAUUAACAAAGCUGAUAUGAUGACACAAAAGCAGCGCCAGGCCUGGGCGAAGCACCUCAAAUCGGCCGGCAUCGCUUUCAGAUUCUUCUCCGCGGAACUCGCCAAGGAGAUGAACGAGGCACGCGACAGGGAAGAAGAGGACAGUGAGGAUAGCGAGGUUAGUGAGGAGGAAACCGCCGCCCAAAAUACAGCUAGCAAGCCGUCCGCGGCUACAUCCGAGUCGUCAGAGGAAGAGGGCUCCGAGGAGGAGUCUGAUAAAGAGCGCAACGGCGGCAGCUUGCGCGUGGAAGUCGACGAUACCGAAAUUCUGACCGUGGACGAGCUCGAGGAGCUUUUCCUCAGCUACAAGCGAACCGACGCCGACGCCGACGCCAAGCUGCAAGUCGGCCUCGUCGGCUACCCCAACGUCGGCAAAUCCUCCACCAUCAAUGCCCUCAUCGGCGCCAAAAAGGUGUCCGUCUCGUCGACGCCCGGCAAGACCAAGCACUUUCAGACCAUUCACCUCUCGGACCGCGUCGUACUCUGCGACUGUCCUGGUCUCGUCUUCCCCAACUUUGCCUCGACCAAGGCGGACCUGGUCUGCAACGGCGUGCUGCCCAUUGACCAGAUGCGCGAGUUCACCGGCCCCGUCGGGCUCGUCGCGAAGCGUGUGCCGCACCGCUUCCUCGAGGCCGUGUACGGCAUCACCAUCCAGAUGCGUCCCAUUGACGAGGGCGGCACCGGCGUGGCCACGGCCGACGAAGUGCUCCGCGCCUACGCCGCCGCCCGCGGCUUCAAGACGUCCGGCCUCGGCCAGCCCGACCAGUCGCGCGCCGCCCGCUACGUCCUCAAGGACUACGUCAACGGCAAGCUGCUCUUCGUCUCCCCGCCCCCUGGCAUUGACGACGAGAUUGCGUUUAACCGCGAGCUCUACGACGAGGGGCACCUGCCGGAGAAGCGCCGCGCUGCGCUUGCCGCCGCCGGCUUAGAGGGCCUCUCCCUCACCGACGACGCGCUCCUAGGCGACGACGACGACGAGUCCGCGGCGGGCGCCUCCGACAUGGUGUCGAUGGCGCCCAUGACGGGCGCCAAGACGCAGAAGCUUGACAAGGGCUUCUUCGGCGCCAAGAACGCCGGCGGCCACAUCACCAACCCCUUCAACUACAAGUACACGGAGCAGGGCGCGCUCGACUCGGGCAAGGCCCUGACGGGUCGCAAGGCCCGCACCGCGUACGCCCUCGAGAACGGCCUGGACCCCAAGGAGCUGGCCAAGGCCGGCAGCAAGAAGCAUUUCAAGGGCGGCAUGAGCAACGGCAAGGGCAAGAAGCAGCAUCGUAUACUGAACAACUUGGAUGACUAA